GGAGCGCUUGCGCGCCAGUCGUCUCGCAGCGGGCGUGUGGCCGGCUGCUUGUUGCAGUGCGCGGUGCGAACUAACACACUCGAGUUCGCGGUCAUAGGCUCGAACGAACAUCGAAUUCGACGGUCAGUGCGGUGACCAUGAUGAUGGACAACGGGGUGAUAACAAAUAACUAUGACGGGGUGUAUGGGGACGGGUACAUGGAACAGGAGGAGGAGUGGGAGCGCGAGGGUCUCCUAGACCCGGCAUGGGAGAAGCAACAGAAAAAGACGUUCACAGCAUGGUGCAACAGCCACUUGAGGAAAGCCGGCACUGGCAUCGAGAACAUCGACGAGGACUUCAGGAAUGGCCUCAAGCUGAUGCUGUUGCUCGAAGUUAUCUCCGGAGAGACGCUGCCCAAGCCCGACCGCGGCAAGAUGCGCUUCCACAAGAUCGCCAAUGUCAACAAAGCCUUGGACUUCAUCGCGUCCAAAGGUGUGAAACUGGUGUCGAUCGGUGCUGAAGAAAUAGUCGACGGUAACCUAAAAAUGACACUGGGUAUGAUCUGGACGAUCAUUCUCAGAUUCGCCAUUCAGGAUAUUUCCGUUGAAGAAAUGACUGCUAAGGAAGGUCUACUCCUCUGGUGUCAACGUAAGACAGCGCCAUACAAGAAUGUCAACGUUCAGAACUUCCACCUGUCGUUCAAAGACGGUCUGGCGUUCUGCGCCCUCAUCCACAGACACAGGCCCGACCUGAUCGACUACAGCAAACUGUCCAAAGACAACCCCCUCGAGAACUUGAACACGGCCUUCGACGUCGCUGAGAAGUAUCUCGAUAUACCGCGCAUGUUGGACCCCGACGAUCUGCAGAACACGGCGAUGCCAGACGAGCGCGCGGUCAUGACCUACGUCUCUUCAUACUACCAUUGCUUCUCGGGAGCUCAGAAGGCUGAAACUGCCGCGAACCGCAUCUGCAAGGUUCUCAAAGUCAACCAGGAGAAUGAACGCCUCAUGGAAGAGUACGAACGUCUCGCCAGCGAUCUGCUGGAAUGGAUCCGGCGCACGAUGCCGUGGCUCAACAGCCGCCAGACCGACAACUCGCUCGCCGGCUGCCAGAAGAAACUGGAAGAUUACCGUACUUACAGACGUAAGCACAAGCCGCCCCGCGUGGAGCAGAAAGCCAAACUGGAGACGAACUUCAACACGCUGCAGACGAAGCUGCGCCUCAGCAACCGCCCCGCAUACAUGCCCACUGAGGGCAAGAUGGUCUCUGACAUCGCGCAAGCAUGGAAGGGUCUGGAGAUCGCGGAGAAGGCGUUCGAAGAGUGGCUGCUGAGCGAGAUGAUGCGGCUGGAGCGCCUGGAGUACCUCGCGCAGAAGUUCAAGCACAAGGCCGACAUCCACGAGGACUGGACCAGGGGUAAGGAAGAGAUGCUGCAGUCGCAGGACUUCCGGCAGUGCAAGUUGUACGACAUCAAGGCGCUGAAGAAGAAGCACGAGGCCUUCGAGUCCGACCUCGCCGCGCACCAGGACCGCGUCGAGCAGAUCGCCGCCAUCGCACAAGAACUCAAUACGCUGGAGUACCACGAGGUGGGCGCGGUGAACGCGCGCUGCCAGCGCAUCUGCUCGCAGUGGGACCGGCUGGGCGCGCUCACGCUGGAGCGCAUUCACCAGGCUGUGCAGGAGAGCAUGAUCUUCGAGAACAGGUAUUCUCAGUACACGAUGGAGACGCUGCGCGUGGGCUGGGAACAGCUGCUGACGUCCAUCAACCGCACCAUCAACGAGGUGGAGAACCAGAUCCUGACGCGCGACUCCAAGGGCAUCACGCACGAGCAGCUCAACGAGUUCCGCGCGUCCUUCAACCACUUCGACAAGAACCGCACUGGACGGCUGGCGCCCGAGGAGCUGAAGUCGUGCCUGGUGUCGCUGGGCUACAGCAUCGGCAAGGACCGGCAGGGCGAGCUCGACUUCCAGCGCAUCCUCGCCGUCGUCGACCCCAACAACACAGGCUACGUGUCAUUCGACGCGUUCCUGGACUUCAUGACGCGGGAGUCGACCGACACCGACACCGCGGAGCAGGUCAUCGACAGCUUCAGGAUCCUCGCCGGCGACAAGCCGUACAUAACGGCGGAGGAGCUGCGGCGCGAGCUGCCGCCGGACCAGGCGGAGUACUGCGUGGCGCGCAUGCCGGCGUACCGCGCGUCCGGCGCCCCGCCCGGCGCGCUCGACUACAUGGCCUUCUCCACCGCGCUCUACGGAGAGACCGACCUCUAGAUCCAGGUCACAUCGGACGUCACCUGUAGCCGGGAGCUGCAGCCGCACACCGCCCGCGCGGCUCCGCGCUGUAGCGACUCACAAAAAUUAUUUCUCAUGUUGGCAAACAUCUCAUAAAUAUCGCCCUAAUCCAUUGCCAACAUUGUGCAAACAAUUUUUGUGAUAUUAGUCUUUUAAAAAAAUCAGUUCUGUAUCAAAUACGUGCAAUGUUAAAACCAAAAAAUGUCAUUAACUCUUACCAAGAAAAUAUCUCAUUCUUUGUGUAAUCUUUUGGCUCAAAUCAGAGAAUAUCAUAUAUGUCUACAACACACUAUUUAUAUAAUUAGAUUUAGGUAUUUUUAUCUUUUGUACGAAAUUGUCAGGAAAUGUCACAAAACAUUAAUUUGUAAGUUAAACACGGUGCUAAUGUUAGGCUUCACUAAUGUGUCACACCAAAAUAAGACUCAUUCUAAAUGUGAGGAUGUUUUUGUUAAAUAUAUAUUAUUUUUUUAAUUUUUAAGCAUACAUUAUUUAUACAAGUUCAAAUUUUAAUUACUGCCAUUAGUAAUUAUCGCGGUAGCAGAUCCUGAUCGUUUUUUAAGUCGCCAAAAUCUAUAAAUGUUGCAGGGAAGUGUUAUACAAAUUAUUUAUAUCAUAGAAUGCCAUACCUUGCCUGCAUCUAUUUAUCAUCCGAAUAUCAGUUUUAUAAAAACAUCGUUUGUGAGGGUAUUUAGUACUCUAAAUAAAUGAUCUGCCAUAUUUUUGUCUUUUAAUAUUUUUUGACUGUGUUGUUAAUCCAACCUAUAAUUUAUAUGAGGAAACAGUGGAUGUAGAUUAAGAAUGAAUUAUGUGCCCAAAAAGUAUACUAACUCGAAUGUACAGCUAAUUUAAUAAAGAGCUCUUAAACA